GCAUUUUCGUGACCGACGGGGAGACCAAUCUGAAAAAACGAGAACGGUAAUGGCGAUUCCUCCACCGUCAUCAUCCAGCGGUGGCAGCGGAAUCACAACUUUCCACCCGCCGGCGCCGUCGACGAGCACCAGAGGAGGCACCGCAAAAGCUGCUGUCGCAGAGCAGAUCUCUCAGACCGUUCAGUCCACUUUCAAUCUCCUCCAGCUGAUGCAAGAAACCUCUCCUUCCCAGGCGCAACUGUCUAAGCUUCCGAAGAACCUUCUGGCAAAAGCCUCCACGAUGAAGAACACUGGCCAAAUUUUGGAGCAGCUGCCGCAGGUGAUUUCAACUUUGGAUGCCCACAUGGAGAAUGGGUUGCAAAGGGGUAAAAAUCUGGACUUUCCACCCAUUCGUUCUGUUUCUUAUGCCCUGAUAAUUGCAGCGCUCCGCAUCUGCAAACAGUGUCCCAAAUACUUGCUAAUAUGGAGAGUAGUCAGCUGAGUUCCCUUUCCUCAGCCCGUGUUGCUCAAGAGCAACAGGAGUCAGACCAUCAUGCUCCUUGAGUCUGGUUGAAGGGUCAAAUAUUGCAGUUGCAAGAUGACACGAAACCCUCAUAGCGUCAUCCUCCUGCUGAUCAUGGCUGCUGCUCUGCAACAGGCACCUUCUCUUUGUGGACGAAUCGAACAACGCAAUGAAGAUCGAAGUACAUACAUUAUACCGUUUUUCUGUAUCUUGUGUAGAACUAACUAACUCUCUUUGUAUGAUUCUUCUCACAAAUUUACAAUAUGAUCUGGACAAUUCAAUCCGAAAAACUUGAUGGAGAUCGGUUGGAGUGACUAAUUCGUUCAAAAGCCAAAAGUUUAGUGACCGUUUAUUAGUG